AUGCCAUACAAGAACUGUUCUGCAGCAGUUAAAAUCCUUCUGCAGACAGGCAGGACAGGAAGUGACACUGGGAUUGGACAUGCACUGGCUAAAUACUUGGAUAGCCUGGGUUUUGUUGUGUUUGCUGGCGUUUUGAAUAAGGAUGGACCUGGGGCUGAAGAACUGAGAAGGGCCUGUUCCCAGAGACUUUCCCUCCUUCAGCUGGAUAUAACCAAUCCUACCCAAGUCAAGGAGGCCUAUCUCAAAGUUGCAGAGAAAGUGCAAAAUACAGGUCUCUGGGGAGUUGUGAACAAUGCUGGCAUCCUGGGGUUCCCUGCAGAUGGUGAGCUGCUCCCCAUGAGCAUGUACAGGCAGUGCAUGGAUGUGAAUUUCUUUGGGGCCGUGGAGGUGUCCAAAACCUUCUUGCCGUUACUGCGGAAAUCCCGGGGAAGGCUUGUUAACAUGUCCAGUAUGGCAGGAGGCAUUCCACUACCUAAGUAUGCUGCAUACGGUGCAUCAAAAGCAGCUCUGUCCCUGUUUUCUGGAGUAAUAAGGCAAGAGCUUUCCAAAUGGGGAGUUAAAGUUGCUUUAGUUCAUCCAUCAGGCUUCAGAACAGGUAUACAAGGUACCUCCGAACUGUGGGAUAAGCAGGAAAAGGACCUCCUGGAGAAUCUCCCAGCCGCUGUGAGGAGCGAUUACGGAGACGACUACUUCCCGGAGCUGAGGCGCUACCUCCUGCGCAUGCCGGCGUACUGCGAGGCCGACCUGUCCCCCGUGCUGAACGACGUCCUGCACGCUUUGCUGGCCCCGAGGCCGCACAGCUUCUAUACGCCUGGGAAAGGGGCCUACCUGCACCACUGCGUCUUUUACUACUUUCCUGUCUGGUUCUACGACUUUUUCAUUAGUAAGUUACUUGGUACUAAGCCUGUCCCAAGGGCACUGAGAACAGCAGAAGCGAAAGACAAGAGCCUCUAAGGUGCCCAUCGGUUUUUGUCUUGGGUGGGGAGAUAGCUGAGAAAAACACUAUUUUAAGACACCACUAUGUAUUGUACUUUGUUAAAUUGUACCAUACCUGGUAAACUGAGGCAAGUCUCUGCUAAG